ACGAUGUCUAUAUAAACCAACUGCCGGCCAGCAGCAGCAGGCAGGCAUCGAUCAUCUGAGACGUACUGAGAGAUCGAGAUGAAACAGUGAUCAGUGCUAGCUCAAGCUGAUCGAUCGAGCAGCAGCCGGCCACAUGGCGGGCAUGGACAAGUGGACCGGGUUGGGGUCGGCGCUGGCCAGCUUCCUCUUCCUCUGGUCCGUGGUGCAGAGCCACCUCCCGGUGGCCUUCCGCCACCGCCUCUCCACCUGGGCCAACAAGCUCGCCUCCUUGUUCAGCCCCUACCUCCACGUCACCAUCUCCGAGUAUGGCGCCGAGCGCUUCAACCGCAGCGACCUGUUCCUCGCCGUCGAGGCCUACCUCUCCGACGCCUGCGCCCGCCACGCGCGCCGCCUCAAGGCUGAGCUCGGCAAGGACAGCAAGAACCUCCAGGUCUCCGUCGACGACAACGACGAGGUCACCGACACCUUCAACGGCGUCACGAUCUGGUGGUACGCCGCCAAGAAGCUCCAGAGGUCCCAGGUCAUCAGCUUCUACCCCGGCGAGGACGAGCGCCGCUUCUACCAGGUCGUCUUCCACCGGCGCCACCGCGACCUCGUCGUCGGCUCCUACCUGCCCCACGUCCUCGAGGAGGGCCGCGCCGUCACCGUCCGGAACCGGCAGCGCCGCCUCUUCACCAACAACCCCAGCAGCGGCUGGAACCCCUACCGCAGCGGCAAGGGCGUCUGGAGCCACGUCCCGUUCGAGCACCCGGCCACCUUCGACACGCUCGCCAUGGACCCCGCCGACAAGGAGGCCAUCGUUGACGACCUCGAGGCGUUCCGGGACGCCAAGGACUACUACGCCAAGGUCGGCAAGGCGUGGAAGCGCGGGUACCUGCUGUACGGCCCCCCGGGCACCGGCAAGUCCACUAUGAUCGCCGCCAUGGCCAACUUCCUUGACUACGACGUCUACGACCUCGAGCUCACGUCGGUGAAGAACAACACCGAGCUGCGCAAGCUCUUCAUCGAGACCACCGGCAAGUCCAUCAUCGUCAUCGAGGACAUCGACUGCUCCAUCGACCUCACCGGCAAGCGCAAGGAUAAGAAGGCGGCGGAGAAGAAGUCAUCGGAGGACGAGGCCGACGGCAAGCCCAAGCUGCCGACGGACGCCGACAAGGACGACGGCACCAAGGUCACGCUCUCGGGGCUGCUCAACUUCAUCGACGGCCUCUGGUCGGCGUGCGGCGGCGAGCGCAUCAUCAUCUUCACCACCAACCACAAGGACAAGCUGGACCCGGCGCUGAUCCGGCGAGGCAGGAUGGACAAGCACAUCGAGAUGUCCUACUGCAGCUUCGAGGCCUUCAAGGUGCUCGCCAACAACUACCUGGACAUCACCGAGCACGAGCUCUUCGGCGAGAUUCGGCGCCUGCUCGAGGAGACCGACAUGUCGCCGGCGGACGUGGCCGAGAACCUGAUGCCCAUGUCCAAGAAGAAGAAGAGGGACAACAACGCGUGCCUGGCGGGGCUAGUGGAGGCUCUGAAGAAGGCCAAGGAGGAGGCGGCGGAGGCGGAGGCUAAGGCCAAGGCGGAGGCGGAGGCCAAGGAAGCCAAGGAAAAGGAGGAGGCAGAGGCGAAGAAAGGCCAAGCAGAAGACCAAGGGGACAAGGACAAAACGUCGGAGGGAUAGAUGAUCAACGGAGAGAUCAUCAAAGGAUCGGAGCAGGUGAAAAAUAAUGACAACAACUAAUAAUAAGGUAAUAAUGAGCUUGCUUAUUGGUACGUGAUGGAGAAUGCUGAAUUAUUGAACUACUAUGCAAGAAGCAAUGACCUUUCGUACCCAAACACAUGUGCAAGUGCAAGCCAAACAAAUCCAGGAGCCUAGCAAGUGUUGUGUGACCGACGCCGACCCUCUCAAUCCUCAGCAGUCAAGAGCUAGCACAUCAAUGCAACUAGUAUUCUGCUACAUCUACAGCUACAGGCCGUCAAUGCAAAAAGUAAUAAUUAAUCUAGUGAGAAUUCGUCUUUGUUUUGUGCA